GGAGUAAUAUAUAACAGAGACUAUUUGGCAGCACACAUGAACUUUGUUGAGGUUUUGUUUAGUGUUAUAUCUGAACUUGGUAAAAUGGCACCAGCGGGGUCCAAGAAAGGUAUUCUAGAGCGCUUGGAUGCUGGGGAGAUUGUUAUUGGUGACGGGGGGUUUGUGUUUGCCCUGGAGAAAAGAGGCUAUGUGAAGGCAGGGCCAUGGACUCCAGAAGCUGCGGUGGAGCACCCUGAGGCAGUUCGACAGCUGCACAGGGAAUUUCUGAGAGCGGGAGCAAAUGUCAUGCAGACGUUCACAUUCUAUGCCAGUGACGAUAAACUGGAGAACCGGGGCAACGACUUGAGAAUAUCUGGAGAAAAAAUCAAUGAAGCAGCCUGUGACUUAGCCAGGGAAGUCGCCAAUGAAGGAGAUGCCUUGGUUGCCGGAGGAGUGUCCCAGACCCCUUCCUACCUGAGCUGUAAGAGUGAGAAUGAAGUGAAGGCAAUCUUCAAGAAACAACUGGAGGUCUUCAUUAAAAAGAAUGUGGACUUUCUGAUUGCUGAGUACUUUGAGCACGUGGAGGAAGCUGAGUGGGCAGUUCAGGUUCUGAACACCAGUGGAAAGCCGGUUGCAGCCACUCUGUGUAUUGGGCCGGAAGGAGACCUGAAUGGAGUCAGCUGUGGUGAAUGUGCUGUCAGAUUGGUCAAGGCUGGUGCCAAGAUUGUCGGUGUGAAUUGUCACUUUGAUCCCAUGACGUGCCUGAAGACUGUGAAGCUCAUGAAGGAAGGCCUGGAGGCAGCAAAGCUGAAAGCUCAUCUCAUGAUCCAGCCCCUUGCUUACCACACCCCUGACUGUAACCAUCAGGGAUUCAUUGACCUCCCAGAAUUCCCCUUUGCCUUGGAGCCAAGAAUCCUAACCAGGUGGGACAUGCACAAAUACGCCAGAGAGGCCUACAAGAUGGGCAUCCGCUACAUUGGUGGCUGCUGUGGCUUCGAGCCGUACCACACCCGUGCCCUGGCAGAAGAGCUGGCACCCGAGAGAGGUUUCCUCCCUGACGCCUCUCAGAAGCAUGGCAGCUGGGGUAAUGGUCUGGACAUGCACACCAAGCCCUGGGUCAGGGCCAGGGCUCGUCGUGAUUACUGGGAGAAGUUGCUGCCGGCAUCAGGGCGCCCCCUGUGUCCUUCCAUGUCUACACCAGAUGGAUGGGGAGUGACCAAGGGACAUGCUGACCUGAUGCAGCAGAGAGAGGCGACCACUGAGGGGCAGCUGAAGGAGCUGUUUGAAAAGCAAAAGAAGGCCAAGGUCACAGCUUGAGGUUCAUCAAACAGCUCUGGGCUCAAGGGAGGCAAAGCGGGACUUUUUCUGUCCAUUCCCAUUUGAUAUUUUGGAUAUUGGGCACUUGCAACAGAUGUGUUUUGUUUUUGAAAACUUUACUGGACCACUUCUAUGCAAUCAUAUGGUAAUAAACAGAAUUCAUUACCUAAAUCA